GGAUCAUCUACACGUGCAACAACAAAUCGCCUGUUGGAGCACGUUAAUGCGAUCAUAAUGGAUCAACUUCCAAAGAGAAAGAAAAGAGGCCCAUAUAAACGAUACAUCAACCAUGGAUCGGACUUCGUGCUACCGAGAAGUACCAAGAGGGCUUGCCAACACAAUGAAGUGCCUACGGACACAUCCUCAUCUGAUGAUGAAGCAGUCUCCAACAAUGCAGCGCCCGGACUAAGCCAAGCAGCAGGUCAAGCUUCAGUCUUGUCAGAUAUAAACAGCGUACUUCAAACUGAUACGUUGAGUAGUCAGGAUGAACAGGAAACUUCAAACGACGCUUGUGGUGCAGCGGCCUCCAGCAUGGCAUCUGCUGCGGUCAUUCGCAAUACUUCAGAACUGCAAGCAACCAAUGAUGGGCCACAGCAUGCCAUCCCGAUGAUUUCCCACGACAAAUUGGCUAAAUGA